UUUUAAAAAUAUGUUUUUAAGUACACAAUUAAAACUAAGCUCUAUGCGAGAUUAGAAGUGUACACACGAUAACUGUGUCAGCUGGAGGGUAAUUAUUAUUAUUAAAAUUCCCAUGGCGUGCUUUUAAAAAAUAUAUAUUGGACAAAACAGCAGCGACCUUUUUAAAAAGUUUUAGUUGUGCUCGGAUAUAUAAUGGAUGUCAAAAUAAUUAUACUUGUGCUCGUCUCCCUAUUUUACAAGGCAAAUGGCGCCAUUUACGAACUCUCUGUGGCCGAUGAAGAAAUAUUUAGCAGCUGUCCCAAUCCUGAGCCAGGCACCCUCGACAUCCAUGGACUCUUUGAUUUAUCAGAGUUCUCCGCUUCCAUGGAUGCGGAUGCACUGACUGUAAGCGGAAAUCAGACCUUGCUGUGGGACAUCCAACGCGGGGAUCGCGUACAGCUGUCCAUUAAGCUCUUCUACUUCGAUCGGGGCACGUGGACGUCAACUGCUUUCUCUAUAUAUUCCAAGGAUUUCUGUAAAACCAUGUAUGAUAAAAGUAAUAUACUUUAUGAGCCCUGGACAGGACAUGUCAUAAACGAUGUGAAGGAUCUUUGUAUAAAUGCUCCAGGGACGAAGCUCGUUCUGGAGACCUAUUUCCUCAGUUUGUCCGCCUCAGUUAUCGCCCCACUUCGUGAAGGUCGCUACAAGGCCACCAUUAUAUUUCGAGCCUUCGAUUCCAAGGGAACUGAGAGACCCACCCACAUUUGCUGCGAAGUAGUAGGAGAUGUUUUUAAGAUUAGAAACUAACGUAAAAUACUUUUCAACAACUGAUUGAAGUAAAGUUAAUAAUCAUACAUACGAUGUCCUAUGUUAAAAGAAAAAUUAAAUAAAACAAAG